AUGUUGAUUUAUUUUCUAGGAAUCGCAUAUGAUAUAUCUUGUGGUUUUAAAAAACUACCUAUAUUUGGAGGAACGCCCGUGUUUGGAUCAAUAUUUAAACAAAACAAUUUAAAUUUUAAACUUAGUUCAGCAGCUCAACCACCAUUGACUGAAUGUGUGUCUCUGUCUACUGAAUACACUUAUUCAAACUUAAGAAACGCAGUUCAAAAAAAAAACACUGUCUUACCUACUCCUACUUAUAUUGGAUUUGGUCAAUAUCGAAAUCCCACCCAAUUUAAACCUCAAACCGAAAUAGAAAGGUUAAGUGCCAAUAGACCUCGUCGCCCUAAACGUCGUUGCCGAUGA